AUACCCACUGCCCCAAUGUAACCAAAAUUAAAAAUCAAAUGGGAGGAGGAAAAAAGAAACCAGUUUCCGCGUAGCCUGCUGUACUCCAUUUUCAAUCAAGCCCGACUGUUUCUAAGAAGAAGAAAUAGUGAACAAAUAAAAGAAAGAGAAACAGAAGGUGGAGGAAGAACUCUCUCUUUAGUCAACAAAGUGAGAUCUUUGAUCUCUAACUUGGCUUCUCUUUGUUCUCUCCAAGAACCCAGAAAGCAUGGUGUUGAAUCAAAGCUUUUGCUUCAGCUUUGCAAUUCUCUUCUUCUUCCUUUUGAUGGGUUUUCCUGCUUCUUCUUCUUCUCCUACUUUCAUUUCAGAUGGUAUCUUUGAAUCUCAGGCUUCAAUCGGCCGGAACCUACUGCAGGCCAAGAAAGGCUGUCCAGUGAACUUUGAGUUUUUGAACUACACUGUUAUCACAAGCCGAUGCAAAGGACCACGGUACCCUGCUGUCCAGUGUUGUGCUGCAUUCAAGGAAUUGGCUUGUCCUUAUACAGAUGUGCUGAAUGACUUGACAAAUGAAUGUGCUUCAAUUAUGUUCAGCUACAUUAACCUCUAUGGAAACUACCCACCGGGGCUUUUUGCCAAUGAGUGCCAUGAAGGGAAGGGAGGUCUUCUAUGCCCUGCAUUACCACCAUCAACGUCGGCUGACGAUGUAAAUGGUGUUCAUACCACAUGCAAUCGAUCUCCAUUGCUAAUGCUCACAGCUGGUUUCGUAGUAUUGUUAUUCAGGUUAUUAUGAAUGUCAAGACCAUUUUCAGCCAUUUAGUAUAUUUAGACUUGUGAGGAAGUUACAAUUUUUUCAUUCAUCGGGUUUUCAUCCAUGUUUUACCCACAAGUGCUAGAGCUAAUACCGUUGUAAUAAGAUCCAUUUAUUUCAAUGCAUCAUUUUGUGGUGGCAUUUGGUUUUUGUAAUAUUUAAACGUCCGUUUGUGCAAUACAUUGACAGCUAUACACUUCAAAAUC